AUGAAAUUCAAGCCGGGGGAUUUUGUAGCAGUAAGAUCAAAAGCACCAUGGAGAGUAUUAUUUUUCGGAACCGAUGAAUUUUCUUUGGGAACUCUGAAGGCAUUGCAUGAAAACAGUUUAUUGCAAGCAAGUGAUAAACGUGUUGUGGAUACUCUGCACAUUGCACACCCCUGGACCAAGAAACCGACUCCAGUGACAAGAUAUGCAACUCUCUGUGAUAUUCUGGGACAUGAGUGGCCCAAUGUAGAGUUGGGGAAAAGACACCAUUACGAUGUUGGAGUUUUGGCAUCGUUUGGUCACCUCAUUCCCAAAAGAAUUGUUGAAGCUUUUCCGUAUGGGAUUCUGAAUGUACACCCCAGUUUGCUGCCAAGAUGGAGGGGGGCUGCCCCAUUACAUCACACAAUUCUGAAUGGUGAUGUCAAAACUGGGAUCAGCAUUAUGUCUAUUAGGCCAAAACAUUUUGAUAUUGGCCCCUUGGCAUGCCAGAAAGAGUUUGAUGUUCCUUCAACAUGUACGACUACCAGACUCAGAGAUCGCCUGGCAGACGAAGGUGGAAAGAUGAUUAUAGAGGUCCUUUCACGUUUACCAGAAGCACUUGUAGAAGAAACUCCACAGCCCAGCGAAGGUGUGACAUAUGCUCACAAAAUUACACCAUCAAUGGCAGUUAUAAACUGGGAGAAUCAGACUGUAGACAGCAUUGAUAGACAGUACAGAGCCUUGCAUGAAACUGAAGAGCUACGUACCGACUGGGAGGGCACAACAGUCAGGCUGAUUGACAAGGUCGACGAUGCCAUCAAGCCAGCUGUCCCACUGGAAGAGUCAAGUCCACCAGGUCUUCCCAUCUUUGACAAGCUGAAUGACAUUUUGUGGGUGAAAUGUCAGGAUGGCUGGGUCGCUUUCAAACAUGUGGUCAUCAGGAAAAAAAUGUCAGCAAAGUCGUUUUACAACGGCUACCUGUCGAAGAAAUACCUCCAAGGUGUGGCCUUCAAGAGUGCCGCCAGCAACGAGGAGUACCAGCACAGGAUCACUCAGCAGAAGCCGUCGUGA